UGUAUCACCAUAAAUUACUUUUACGUACCUCCUUUGUGGUAGUUCGGUUUUGUCCAUUCCAUCUCGCAGAUGGGUUUUCCCGCCACUCGCCCCGCAGCCCCUCCGCUGUACACAUUCCACGUUCAUGAUUAUUACUACAACGAUCUUUUCAGUCUGAAGGUCUGUCAAUGUGCCUAUUAUUGCAAUGGUAGAGCCCUUUCUGUAGUAAUUUUGCACUAAAACUAUGACUGCAAUGACUUCAUUUUGGUAAAUUCUUUUGUCUGUAUGAAUUUUAUGCAUUUCUUUCAAGUUCACUUAUAAAGAAGCUAUGUUUUUACAUAUAAUCGGGAUUCAUUGAGCCACUGUAAGGUCAAGUGUGUCUUAAUAGUUCAAUAUAAUUCUAACACGUUACAUGUUACAUUCUUUGAUUCAUUAAAAUCAGAUUUUUAAAGACAGACCGUAAGUUGAUAUGAACCGACAGGUGUCGCUGCUGCACACUCUAUAUUUGGACACCGGUCUGGCGAGCGCUAACACGCAUGCUCAGAUGACGUCAUGUCCAGGAAGGCAGCCAUCUUGGAUCCUGUAAUGUUUUGAUUUGACUUUCGUCUCACUUUUCUGUGGAAUUUUCUCCCAAAAGUCGGCGAGUCGGCGACACCUCCCACCGCUGUUAGAAAGAUCGCGACCUUAGGUCAUCCAGAAUGACCAUCUUGCCGAAGAAAAAGCCCGAGAGCGACGGGCAGGAGUCGACUUCGGGGGAACAUUCGCAUUCCCACCCGCACAGGGUGCCCCACUCCCACGGGCAUCCCACUCACCCCCACCCGCACGGGACCGUCCCCGAGGCCCGGGUGACAGUCCGGCCCCGCUCGUCCCCACCCCGGUGGGGGGCUGGAGGGGCCUCCGCCCGGGAGGAGCGCUUCUCGAGCGACGAGGACGCGCCAGAGUACGGAGCGCACUCGCAUUCUGGACAUGCCAACAAGCGGCGGCAUCGCUGCUCUGGUUCACCCCUUCGCGGCUCCAGAAAAAGGGGGGGUCUGGCGGUAGGGGGGCACUCGGCACACCCCGUGGGGUCCCCCCAGGCCCGCCCCGUGGAGAACCCCGGGGGGGAGGAACAGCCGGACGCUACCCCGGUCUACAACAGCGAGGACGAGUAUGAAAACUCCCAAGACGUGGAUGACAAGACUCUUAUGGAGAUGGAGGCCCGAUUCGAACAUGCUCUGAAAGAAAAGAAGGGAUGGACCAUUCGACAGAUGGGGGUGGACGGGGCCUGUCUGUUUCGUGCAGUUGCUGACCAGGUGUAUGGUGACCAGGAGAUGCAUUCCAUAGUGCGCAACCACUGCAUGGACUACAUGUUGAAAAACUAUGAUUACUUCUCCCAGUACGUGACUGAGGACUUCAUGACAUAUAUCAACCGUAAGCGUAGCGACCAUUGCCAUGGCAACCACCUGGAGAUGGUUGCUAUGUCGGAGAUGUACAAUCGGCCCAUCGAGGUGUAUCAGUACAGUACAGAGCCAUGCAACACAUUCCAUGGCAUGCACGUGACAGAUAAUGAGCCUAUCCGUGUGAGUUACCACAUGAAGCGCCACUACAAUUCCAUAGUCAACCCCUGGAAGGCCACCAUCGGUGUGGGACUGGGACUACCCGCAUUCAAACCUGGGCUUGCGGACAAACAACAGGUAGAUGAUGCUAUCAAGGCCUCAGAGGAGUCAGAACUUCAACAGACGAUGUUGGAGGAUAAGAUGCGUUACACAGACUGGGAGGCCACCAACGAGGCGAUCGAGGAACACGUGGCGCGGGAAUCGUACCUGGACUGGCUCCGGGAACAGGAGAAACGUGCGCGCCAGGCCACCGCUCCACGUAGUGCGAGUGCUACCUGUAGCUCGGCCGAGGCGGCGGCCAGUCGGCCCCGAGGAGGGCGUUCUCCCCGGAACCACAGUUCCAACAACUCGCCGGCGAACACGCCCGAGAGAGCCGAGACCAGCGACCAUCACGGGCCCCCCUCCCCACGCGCCGCGACAUCCGGGGACCCACAUGUACAUACAGCUGUAGAUAGGAUAGGUAGCCCAGUUGUGCAGGGACCCAGUGCAAAAAGCCCCAGCCCCCUGCCGCUGGGCGCAGAGGGGGGUGCUUCUCCUGUAGCUGGCGUCUCUGGAACUCUGGAGGAUAUACCCCCAGCAGCUUACGGCCUCACAGAUUGGGAUGACGACGACCUUCUGGCCAACGUGCUCGCCAUCUCACAACAGGAGUACCUGGACUCGCUCAAAAGAACAGUAGCCGUCAACAAUCCAGAACAACAACAACAACAACACAUGAUGGACACUCAUCCCCCUUUCAGUAUGCAACACUCGGAUGCAAAAGGCACCAGCUAAUGCUGGCUUGAAGACUGAUAUAUUUCCACAAAAUGUUUAUGAUUUUUUUUUCCUUUUGUUUUAUAUAUAACUACUAAUAGAAAACAUGAUGAGGUGGUUAAAUUUUAUAAUGAAUUAUAUGAAAUGGUCAGACAAUGAAGCGUAUUAGUUAUCAAUGUAGAGUUCUGCUAGGUUAAAUAUAGUGAUUCCAUUUUUAUAUUGCCUAUAUGAUGUCAAAGGAAGUUGAAUGGAAUCCUUUUUUAGAAGAAAACUGUGGCAUAUCGCUGCCCCCUUUCUUGCAAAAGGCCAUAGAAUUCAACCCCAAAAGCACAAUGAAUGUGUUAUACUAUGUAAAAUCUACCCAUUUUCUAGUCUUCAUACCUAGAUUAUAAUUGUGAAACAGUUGUUAGUAAUCUAAUCCAAUACACAGAUUCUCCAUCAACCCAGCUAAAGAUGUAACUCGUGCAGUUUUGAUGUAAAUUUUGGCCAUCCAGUGCAGGGCACUUAUCACUGUAAAUUCAAAAAGAGGGAGGGGGUUAGAGAUGGGAUAUAGGCAGGCCAGCUUUUGAAAUUUACAAU